AUGAAUAUAGUCCAGAUCUACCCCCAACAAAUAACAAAUGAUGCUUCGGAUGAAGACAAGGACGACUUUUACAGCCUGCUCCAGGGAGUCAUCGACAAACUACCAAGGAAGGAUAAUGUCGACAUCAUACUGGGAGAUCCCAAUGCCAAGAUUGGUCAGGACAACAUAGGUUAUGAGGGAAUUAUGGGACAACACGGUUUGGGACAAAUGAAAGAGAACGGUGAACGAUUUGCUCAUAUCUGUGCUUUCAACAGUUUUGUCACUGGAGGCUCUGUUUUCCCCCACAAGAGGAUCCACAAGGCUACCUGUGUAUCACCGGGUGGAGUGACAGGGAGUCAGAGCCAUCAUUUUUGUACGAUCUCUGGUUGCUGGGUUGUACACGAUGGCCAGCUCACCGACAGCAGUGACGAAUCGUGGUUUCCACACUUCCAAACGUGGAUGAAGGUUGCAGUGGUACGACAAGAACAGCAACAUCAUCAGAAGCAGCAGCAACAACACAUCAGAGCCACACCCACUUACAUCGCUGCAAAAACGAAAAACUUCCCCCCAGCCCCCCAAAAAACCAAAAUGGCGGACACGAAGAGCGCAGCAGAAAACGGUGACGUAGAGAAGAAAGGUGGUCCGGAGAACCCCGCUGGUCCGCCCAAGAUCAUGCAAGACAGCGGUGUGCGAGCUCACGGCUGGCGCGUGAUUCCUUUCCCUAACCAGAGCGAUCCUGUGGCUCAAGUGGAGGCCCUCAGAAAUAUGCAAAUGAGAGACGAUGACGUCAUGAUUGUGGCUUAUCCGAAGUGCGAAUCCUGUCCCCGUGACCAAAGACCUCGCCAAGUUUCUCGGGCUCGACGUCACGGAAGAUUUCUGUAAAGAAGUAGUGGACGCCUGCAGCUUCUCCAAGAUGAAGGAGAUAGACCCGCAGAGAAAAAAGGGGGACGGAACCAUGGCCAAAGAGUUCAAAAGUGGACCAAUCAACAUGUACAGAAAAGGUCAAGUGGGCGACUGGAAGAACCAUUUGACCGUGGCCCAGAGCGAGAUGCUAGACGACUUCAUUGCCAAGGAGGCUCAAGGAAUGGACUUCCGGUUUACCUUUGUCUGAAGACUGUGGGCAACAUGGACGCGACACAUUUAUUGAUCUACUUGUCUCCUGUUCAUUUAUUUAUUCAUUUAUCUAUCUAUUUAUUUUUAAUACGCGUUUUACGGCGCUCGCAACUAUGUAUAG